AUGGCGGCAAUGGCUAGAAUAGCAGUAGGAAACAGGCUCGCCGGAAAAGUAGCCAUCGUGACGGGUGCUUCUUCUGGAUAUGGAGCAGGCAUCGCUAGAGCUUUCGCUGCUCAAGGAGCGAAGGUCAUGAUCGCGGACCUCAACGAGGACGCUGGCAAGAAAGUGAUCCAGGACUAUCCAGGAAGUCUGCAAUUCCACAGAACAGACGUCAGCAAGGACGACAACUGGAAGUCUCUCGUGGAAGCAACGAAAGCCUCGUUCGGUGGUCGAAUAGACUGCCUGGUCAACAAUGCCGGUACAACUCAUGCCAAUCAGCCGUCACUCUCGGUAACGGAGGCAGAUUUCGACAAAUGCUUCAAUGUCAAUGUGAAAGGCGUCUACUUCGGUGUCAAGCACGUACUGCCAGUAUUGCUUGAACAAAACUCUGGUGGCUCCAUCGUCAAUGUGGCUUCCGUGGGUGCAACAAGACCGAGACCAGGCUUGGUGUGGUACAACAGCUCAAAAGGAGCAGUAACUAAUGUCACAAAAGGAUUAGCAGCGGAGUUUGGGCCCCAGAAGAUAAGGGUCAACUCGGUUUGCCCCUUACUUGGUGCCACUGGCUUGUUCGAACAGUUCAGCGGAGUCCCCAAUACGCCGGAGAACCAGAAGAAGUUCUUGUCCAACGUGCCACUAGGCCGUCUUGCAGAAGCAGGAGACGUUGCAAAUGCAUGUGUAUUCUUUGCCUCUGACGAGUCAGAGUUUAUCACCGGCGUAAAUCUAGAAGUGGACGGAGGAAGACACAUAUAG